AUGAAUGAAUAUAAUAUAACACAUGGUAAUAGAAGAAUGUAUAAUACACCAAACGCCCAAACUGUUCAGAGUAAAGUUUUGUCCAAACACGGCGCAAUUAGCAGCCCAGCCGAAGUUGGUUUUAGACAAAGUCCAAACUUUGUUCGUGCUUUUGACUUUGGAACAUUCUAA